AUUGUUCUAGGCAUGUUCCACCUACGCCCAAUUUUCAAUCAUGCAAACAGCCGAUGUUUGCUUUCCUCCAUGUCAGCAACCAUGCCUUCCCUCUCCAACAAAACCUCUCCACCAGAUUUGCAGAAACAAUAUCCAAAACCAGACUACAGCACAGAAUCUUUAACUCGACUGCUUGACCAUGAUAAUCAUGACAUGAGAGCAAGGUUUCGAAAAUUUAUGUCAGAUCCUGUGAUGAAACCCAGAUACAACAUUUCCUUGGCUGAAGAGCGACAAUUAGCUUUGGACCGUCUCCAGCGUAUUUGUGAUAAUGACUUCAUAUCUGUGUUAGAUUUCCGUGAUAAUCCUUUACGUAUUUUUGCCGCUCACGAACUGGCUGCUAUAAUAGACCCAGCAAUGACAACAAAAAUGACCGUUCAAUUUAACUUAUUUGGUGGUACUGUCUUCAAAUUAGGCACAGAGAAACAUCAUAAGCAGCUUCUUGAAGGCAUUGAUUCACUUGCUGAUAUCGGUUGUUUUGGACUAACUGAACUUGGUUAUGGAAACAAUGCAGUGGAAAUGGAAACCACUGCAAUAUUUGAUCCUGAUACCAAAGAGCUGAUAGUCCACACUCCAAAUCCUCUUGCACAGAAGUACUGGAUCACAAAUGGAGCACUUCACGCUCACCAUGUGGUGGUGUUUGCACAUCUCAUUACUCAUGGAGUUAACCAUGGUAUCCACGCUGUUCUGGUCCCCAUUAGAGAUAAGGAACUGAACGUUCUGCCCGAUGUCUUGGUGGAGGAGAUGGGCUACAAGAUGGGCCUCAAUGGUGUCGACAAUGCUAAACUUACAUUCGACAAUGUCAGAGUACCGAUAGAUAACCUACUGGAUAAGUUCAGUAAACUGAGUGAGGAUGGAACUUUAAUUUCUGAUAUUAAAUCAACCAGAGCCAGGUUUCUUGCAGUAGCAGACCAACUGCUUGCUGGCCGGAUCUGUAUUGCGAGUAUGUGUAUUGGUGGAGCUAAAGCUAGUCUUGCUAUAGCUGUCAAAUACUCUGCUACUAGACUUACUGUGGGGAGUAAGGGGAAGAGUGACACAGCAAUCCUGUCCUACCAACUACAACAACACGCCCUCCUCCCCCUGCUAGCCCGCACAUACGCACUAAACAUCGGACUUGACCGAGUAAAGAGGAAGUGGGCGGAACAGAUCCCCGAGGACCACCUGGAGGUUGUGGCAAUGUGCUGUGCGCUGAAGCCCAUCUGUAGCUGGCAUUUAGAGAACCUUGUAUCUGUGUGCAGGGAGAGGUGUGGUGGUCAGGGCUACUUGUCUUGUAACCGCUUUGGAACUUUCAUUGGGCUAGCGCAUGCUGCUAUGACUGCAGAAGGAGAUAAUAGCGUGCUUAUGCAGAAGGUAGCGAAAGAACGGUUGGGAAUGUUUAAACCACAAGCAACUGUCCCGGUAUCAGAUAACAUCGCUACAACGGAUCAGAUGAUAAAUCUGAUCAAGUUACGAGAGAAUGCUCUGUUCACAGGACUUGGUGAAGCUCUUGCAGCUGCUGGCCGAGCGAAGAUGUUUCAAACGUGGAUGUUGGAACAGAAUGAGAGUAUCCAGAGUGCAGGAAGAACAUAUGGUGAGCGUAUUGUAGCUGACGAAUUUAAAAGUGUAGUUGAUAAUAGUGAGGGCUCUACUAAGGAAGUACUACAAGACCUACUAGAUCUCCACUUAACUUCCUACGUUAAAGAUAACUCAGCCUGGUUCCUAACUCAGGAACUCAUCUCACCAGAUCAGGCUAAACAGGUAACAGCAGAGUUUGACAGACUCUGCCAGAUCUUGACCCCUCAAGCUCUGAACCUAGUCGAGAGUUUCGCAAUAUCUGACGAGAUGUUGUCUGCACCAAUUGCUAGAGACUGGGUCGGUUACAACGAAGUGGACAAUAAGGGCGAAUUAGACCUUUUCUGAGAUGAUUGUUGAUUGUUUUUGAUUGUGCAUUCUUGAUUUUGUAAUUUAUAUCGAUAAAGUAGUUAGAUGCGUGCUUAGGGUUUUGUUUUCAGAUUUAGGCAAGCACAAUAAGUGUAACUUCGUUUUACGGAGUGAAUUUGUCCCUGCCGGAUAUAAUAGCUCUAUAGUUUAUAGUGCCAAUUAGUGCCUGUAAAUGCGUGAAAUUGGUUUAUACUGCUAUACUUCAUUGUAUAGAUAGAAUUUGAAUGAAACGUUUUGUAUGCACCGUGGCCGGGCCCUCUUAACUGUUAAGUGAAUUGUAGAUGAUGUUUAGAUUAAACAAAUAAAGUUCAUUCGAUUUGUAUUAUAGUAUGACACGUUGAUUAUCAAAUGUAAGUUAAUGUAAACAA